UCUUAAAGAAUUCUUUUCCAUGGGGGUGGGGCCUCCCUGUUCCAACCCCCUCCCUUCUCCGCCUCAUCCGAAAGUGGGGGCCGUCCUCUCCAGCUCCUUGGGGGACGCCAGUAGGGCUCUCUUGGGGGCGGGGCGGGUCGAACUGCCCAGUUCCUGGUUUUAAGCCGGGCGCAGGGCGCGGGCUGCAAUUGCAGCCCGGAGAGGCCUGGGUCGCGAAGGAUGGAGCCCGGCAGCGCAGCCAGCGCGCCAAAGGGCGGCCAGAGGCCGCGCCUCUCCUUCCUUUUCCUCCGCCAGCUGUUGCUCCCGCUGCUGCUGCUGCUGCUGCUACUGCUGCCGGGCUCCUGCGCCCGGGCCACAGGGCAGCCCAACAUCGUCUUCGUGCUGGCAGACGACCUGGGCUGGAACGACGUGGGCUACCACGGCUCCAGUAUCUUCACCCCACACCUGGACACGCUGGCGGCCGGCGGGGUCCGGCUGGAAAACUACUACACCCAGCCCUUGUGCACGCCGUCCCGGAGCCAGCUCCUGAGCGGCCGCUACCAGAUCCAUACAGGUUUACAGCAUCAAAUUAUAUGGCCCUGUCAACCUAGCUGCAUACCCCUUGAUGAAAAGCUGCUGCCCGAACUUCUCCAGGAGGCUGGAUAUGUCACUCAUAUGGUUGGAAAGUGGCACUUGGGCAUGUUCCGGAAAGAAUGUCUUCCAACACGCAGAGGAUUUGAUACCUACUUUGGGUAUCUCCUAGGCAGUGAAGAUUACUACUCCCAUAAACGCUGUGUACACAUUGAUGCCCUGAAUGUCACCCGAUGUGCUCUUGAUUUUAGAGAUGGAGAAGAUGUUGCAGAAGGUUACAAAAAUAUGUAUUCAACAAAUAUAUUUACAGAAAGGGCUAUAGACCUUAUUGCUAACCAUCCGGCUCAGAAGCCACUGUUUCUCUACCUCGCCCUCCAGUCUGUCCAUGAGCCCCUUCAGGUCCCUGAGGAAUAUCUGCAGCUAUAUGACUUUAUCCAAGACAAGAAGAGGCGUCAUUAUGCAGGAAUGGUGACCCUUAUGGAUGAAGCUGUGGGAAAUGUCACCAGAGCCCUAAACAAGUAUGGGCUCUGGGAUAACACAGUGUUCAUCUUCUCCACAGACAACGGUGGACAAACCUUGGCAGGGGGCAACAACUGGCCACUCAGAGGACGAAAAUGGUCACUGUGGGAAGGCGGAAUUCGAGGAGUGGGCUUCGUAGCCAGCCCCUUACUAAAACAGAAAGGAGUGCAAAGCUCGGAACUCAUUCACAUUUCUGACUGGCUGCCUACUCUAGUCAACCUUGCUGGCGGACAUACAAAUGGCACCAAACCACUAGAUGGCUUUGAUGUGUGGGAGACUAUCAGUGAAGGAAGCCCUUCCCCGCGAAUGGAGCUGCUGCAUAACAUUGACCCAGGCUUUGUAGACAUAUCGCCAUGCCCAGGAAACACUAGGCCUCCCUCCAAAGGCGAUUCCUUUCCUACAACACAUUCCACCUUCAAUGUUUCUAUCCAUGCAGCAAUUCGAUAUGGAAACUGGAAACUACUGACUGGCUACCCAGGCUGCGGUAACUGGUUUCCACCACCAUCUUUACCCAUCAUCACAAAGCAACAGUCGCCUGACCCACCAACCAAAAACCUCUGGCUUUUUGACAUACAACAAGACCCUGAAGAAAGAUAUGACCUAUCCAGGAAACAUCCCAGUAUCGUUAAGAAGCUUCUUGACCGACUCCAGUAUUACCACAAGAACUCUGUACCGGUAUUCUAUCCUGACCAGGAUCCCCGCUGUGAUCCCAAAGCAAGUGGAGUUUGGGGGACCGUGGAUGUAGAUACUAAUUGGCCCUCACACUAGAAGAUUGCCUCUCAGCUAGAGGUUGCAAAGUCAUGUGACUUCCACCCCAUUUGUUCUGUCCCAACCCAAGGAGCUUCAUUGACCCUUCUUAGCCCUAAAACAUAGUGGGGGAGGGGCAGCUAGAUGGCGAAGUGGAUAGAGCACUGGCCUUGGAGUCAAGAGGACCUGAGUUCAAAUCUGGCAUCAGAACAUUAACACUUACUAGCUGUGUGACCCUGGGCAAGGCACUUAACCCCAAUUGCCUCACUAAAAAAAAAGAAAGAAAAACAUAGUGGGGGCCCAGAUUUCAACCUCAAAUGGACCUAAGAAGCAGAUACAUUCAGGAACGUAAACUCUUGCUGUUCUUUGACUGGGGGGAGGUUUUGAAAGCAGGGGUAACUUGGUUCAUUCCCUCUUUCCUGAGCUGCUAGACAACUGAGAAACUGAGAAACUGAGAAACAUAACCUCAGAUAAGAAGCUUUAAUUAUGUCCCUCAGCCAGGGACCAGCCUGCUGAGUUCAUCUAGGAAAUCAGAUGCUAGAUUUCACUUUUGCCAAAAGCCAGGUUUUAUUGGACAGUGACUCACAUUUCAUGCAAUAAAUGAAGGGAGUGGACAAUUGCUCACAGUUCACAUUGGCAAAAUUUUUCUGUUGCUCUCUCUCCCUUUCCCUCCCCUGAUUUUUCUCUUGCCUCUCUCUCUCUCACACACACACACACACACACACACACACACUCAUUUCCCACACUUUCUCUCUUUUUCCCUUUCUUCUCCCCCCUUUUCUCUUUCUCUCCUACUCUCAUUGUGUCUAGCAGUUUCCACCAAAAUACUUCUCUUUUUAUCCUUUCCCCUCCCCAACUAUAGUUUAAGCACCAUCUUUGGCGGUUCCUUGUGAUAAUCCAGUGCAACAAUUCAACACAAGCUAGGUACUGAGCUAGGAGUGGAUUUGUGGGUCACAUGAUUUUCCUGGCCUUGCUCAUUCUUCUAGGACUUCUUGCUCCUCUAUAUGGGUGCUUCUUUCCCACCUACAGUCUCCUUUUCUGUAAAAUGAGAGGGUUGGACUGGAUGGCUUCAAAGGCUUUAAAUCUGUAAUCCUGUGCAUCUGUCCAUUAACAGUGUGAUUGGAGUUUGCCUUUUGGCUAGACAGCCACUCUGUGGCCCUAAACAGCAGAGAUAUCUUUGAGCAGUGCCAAUCACUGCCUCCCUUUUUGCCAGCUAAAGUACAGUCUGCGGCCAUGAACCACAGUAUGAUUGAAUUUUACAGAAGCCACCACCUGUGUUCCCAGACAGUGGUCAAGCCUGGCUCUGGACUGUUCUACCAGUCAGAAAGACAAGGGGGUUGUUUCUUGUUUGUUUUAAACAAUGAUGACAACUCUGACUAUGUCAAUGACUUGAUAAGCUCUCCCAAGUUGCAUCCACAUGGAUACAACUAGAUUAUGUCACCCAUUAUUCUUGGGCCUUACAGUCUAGUGUGUAAUUUAAGAUUCUAAAUGUGGAUUCUAAUCUGUUCCCCAGUUUUGGGGGGAAACUGACUAAAAUCACUGAUAAAACGAGUUUAGGUUUUUAAGGGUUUAUUGGAAA